UCAAACCUGUGUGAUAGCUCUCAGCAGUACCUCCCAAAGGCGAUAGCGAUUGCCAGGGCAAUACGCUUUUAAAUGUGAACUUUCUUAAGUCAUUGUCUUUCUGAAAGAAAAAUAAACCGUGCUGCAUCCGAAACGAUUGGUUUACUUUAAACGCGAUUGUGUGAAGUCAACACGACAAGCUCUUGGGUUAGCUCGUUUUGCUAAGCAGUCUUUGUUUCAGACCAGCGUGACCAUGGUUUAGAAUUUUUAUUUCCAACUUUUCCGUGAUAAAAUUGACCUAUUGAAGUGAAAGUAGUUGCAUCUUUGACACCGUUACAAGCUGAAAAUGUUACUGUAAAGGAUAAGUUUAUCGUUGUGUUUGCAUGUAUUACGUCUCGGCUCAGCCGUGCACAGCUAGCGAUGGAGCGAUGCGCAGCUCCGCAGCUCGAGAGCGCUCGCGCCUCACCUCCAGAGCAGGUGACUCGUACUGAAAUCGAGGUGGAAAACGGAGGAGACACCGAAGAGACGACUAAAGAUGCUUACGAGUGUCGGAUUUGUGGUUAUAAAGCGAUAGACGUUAAAUGCCUCAGUCAGCAUCUUCACGCCGCUCACCCGGUAACUAGCUUUCCGGAGACAAGCUCGCUGAGGAGCGACAGAUGUAAUACACAAGAGGAGGAGCGUGGAGGAGGUGUGGAUGAUAAUGAUGAUGAGGAGACAGCUUGUCUGAUUGUGCCGAGGUCACAGUCGACUCCUGCUAAUAACAAAGCAGCCACAUCCGAGGGAUCCGAAUCUGCUUCGCUUAAUACCACUGAAGACUCAAACGAGACUUCAUCCUCCAUAGAGGCCCAGGAACAGGAAGACAGGAUGGACAUCUCUCCUGUUCCCAAAGCCACGCAGGGCUCAUCUCCUGCAUUAAUGCCUAAGCAUGCAUGCCACAGAGGUCAAACUGUCCUUGGCACACCAACCCAUAACAAGACUAACCUGGUCUGUCUGCCAUUGGUAUCAGAAGGAUUGAAGCUUAUUUGGGUGCGCUCCGAGCAGAUCCACGAACUGGAUGCGGUGUCUGAUCUUGUGGAAGCGUUUAACGAGUUUCCCUACCCCACGCCGCAGGAGGCAAGUGCUCUGGCUCGGAAGUGCGCAUUACCAGCAGACCGAGUGAAAGCGUGGUUCAUGAUGCAACGGGUACGUUAUGGAAUCAGCUGGGGUGAUGAUGACAUUCGUGACAUACGGCGCAAACUUUGGCACAUUCAGAAAAGAACAGCAGGCGAGGAUUGUGAGGAUCUCAAUGAUGAGGAGCACGAACAGCAGGAUUACUUAGGACAUGUCAGGAGAAGGCCAGAUGAGAUGCAGCAGGUUUCAAAACAGCCAGCUGUGGCAGAGACCCACAUACAGCAGAGAGACCACACACCGAAACCCAGCCACGGUGUUUCUCAACACACUACCAAUGACCAACACCGCUUCAAUGUUAGCCAGAAUAAUAUCACCUCCCAGUCCGGCAACGGUGUUCGGCAGUUUCCUAAUACAAAUGUUGUGUUUAAUAAUGGUCUUGAAUUUUUAACCAGAGUUCCUCAAAUGAAUUCCCACUUGCACAGUGGCAGUACAAACGUAACCCCUCAGAAUACCGGAGUCCAGGUUUUAAAUUCCUAUGGACAACCACCAUACAUGGUAAUGAAUGACCAACACACCGCAGCUCAGCUGCUUCCCCAGUCCUUCCAAAGCUUGCCAGGGAAAAAAACGAAAGCUCAGCUGAUGGCCCUGCGGCGAAGUUUUGUACGGAAGUCUUGGCCCUCUGAUGCCGAAGUCCAGCGCCUCCUAAAAGCGACUGGACUUAGCUGCCGUGAAAUUCGUAAAUGGUUUGCAGACAGCCGCUACCAGCUUCGCAAGAAUGGCCGAGCUUGGCUGGCCAAGCUUGCCAAGCACAAUCGCUCAAUGCAACAAGAUCAACAGCUAGGGGAUGAAUCUAUACCUGGUGGCAGUUUCUGUAGCAGCGAGGCAGAUAACACAGAGGAGCAGUUUGAUUUCGAUGUGGGUGUGGAUGAUAAUGAGGAAAAAGGUAACCAAUUAGAUGAGACCGUACAGGAAAUAAGUGAUGAAGGUGAGUUUGAGGACAGCAAAAGUUCCAUUCAGCAACAAUCGGCAGAACGCUCCACUUCCCCUUCUCCUUCGCCCUCUCCAUCAUUCCAUCAAGCCCGAGUAGAACCAAAUGUGCGACUUCGAAAGAAAACCAGGGAACAGUUGGAAGUUUUGAGGCAGAGCUUCCUUCUCUGCCAGUGGCCGACAAGUGACGACUACUUGAUUCUGCAGCAGAAGACGGGCCUGACGAAAACUGAGAUUAUUCAGUGGUACGGAGACACGCGUUACCACAUCAAACACAAUCAGAUGCGAUGGAUGACUUCGCAGGAGAGACAACGCAUCAUUGAGGUCAUAACGCAACAGCAGAAAAAGAGCGGGAAGACUAUGCGGAGUAAAAUCUUACUAGGGGGCAUGGGCUCGGGAGCUUCAGCUUUUAUAAAUGGAAGCGGAAGUGGUGCUCCCAUUACGUGGGCUGAACUCUUUAGAGAAAAUACCCCAGUAGUGCCCGAGGGUGAACUUUUGACUUGAAAGCAAAGUCAGUUCAUGAAGGCAUUUGUAGCUGUGCAGAUAGGUGGAAGCUGAAUUCCACAUCGCUGCCAAAGAUGUUACACAAAAAGUUCAACCUUUUUGUUUUCCCUUAACUGUCUCGGCACCCAAAAAUUAAUGCUAUGAUCCAGGCACCUCUCACAACAUUGUUAUGCAAUACGUAUCUCUAAACGCAUCUUACUUGAAUCAAAACUACUUACUUAGU